GUCUCAAAAAUUGUCAUAGGUCUCUUGGCAUUGGCUGGACUGCUGUCUCAAGCACCUACUAUGGAUGCCGCUAAAAUACUUGCAGUUUUCAUAUUUCCGGCCAGAAGUCACUACCAGAUGCAUCGAACAGUUAUUAGCGAGCUGGUGAAACAUGGCCAUCAGGUCACCAUGAUCACCGCACACACACUAGAGCCACUCAAACUGGGGAGCAACUACACUGAGAUACUCAUUGAGCCGGAGUUCGAUUACUGGAAGCAUAUUAAUAGCAAAGCCGGAGUAAAAUCAAACUACGAAUUAGAAGCUAGUAUAUUGCUUUAUUUAAAAUUGGUAAACUCGCUGGCUGUUGAAACUAGCGAACAUGCGCUAAAACAAUCGAAAGUGCAGGCUAUUAUAAAUGCCAAACAAACUGAGGGUGUCUUCGAUUUGCUGUUGGUAGAACAGUUUCAACAAGAAGUCUUUCUUGCCUUGGCUCAUAUUUAUAAAGUACCUGUUAUCAGCUCUGCCACAUUUGCCAAGAACCUUUACAUGAGUCAGAUGUUCGGCAUAAUUUCGCCUUGGUCUUAUGUUCCAAAUGGUAUGCUGGAACUAAGUGACCACAUGAGCUUUUGGGAACGCGCUCAGAAUACAUUCAACUCGCUUGCAUUUGAUUUACAUCGUGAACUUUGUUAUUUUCCAGUUGUGGACAAACUUGUGCAGAAAUAUUUUGGACAUUUACCAAUUAAGUUCCCUAGUGCUUCAGCUAUGGAAAAGAAUCUCUCUGCCAUAUUCAUCAAUGACUACACGCCCUUAGCGGCCGCUGCUCCAACAAUGGAUAACAUGGUUAACAUCGGCGGCAUACAUAUCUCUCCACUGAAGCCACUUCCCACCGAUUUACAGACAUUUUUGGAUGAGGCUGAGCAUGGUGCCAUUUAUUUUAGCUUUGGCACCCAAGUUGAGACUAAGGACAUGCCGCUAGAAAAGCUACAGAUAUUUACCGAUGUCUUUCGUCAAUUGAAGCAACGCGUCUUGUGGAAGUUCGAAAACGACAGCAUACCAAAUGUACCAGAUAAUGUUAUCAUUAAAAAGUGGUUGCCACAAAACGAUAUCUUGGCGCACCCUAACAUGCGCGCUUUUAUCUCCCACGGAGGCCUUUUCGGCUUACAGGAAUCCGUCUACCAUGGCGUGCCCGUAUUGGGUAUGCCCUUCUUCUUCGAUCAGCAAAUAAAUCUCCUGAAAGCUGAAUUUUCUGGAUAUGCUGUUGCUUUGGAUUUUCGUAGACUUACACGUGAAACUCUAAAGAAUGGCCUGGAGCAGGUGCUCUUCAACGCCACAUAUCGUGAUACCGCUCAAAAAUGUUCCCGUAUUUUCCGUGAUCGUCCAGUUGGUCCGCGUGAGACGUUACUCUAUUGGAUCGACUAUGUGAUACGCCACAAUGGCGCACGUCAUUUGCGCACUGCUGGUAUGGAUUUAAAAUGGUACCAAUUCUACUUACUGGAUGUGGCUGCUCUGGUCAUGGCUGCUGUGGCAGGCGCUGUCGGAGCGUCUGUUUUGUCAAUGCGUUGGCUUUUAAGAAGGAUGAAAGGUGGAAGUAGUAAACGCGAAAAGUACAAUAAGAAAAUAAAUUAA